CGGACGUCAUGCCGGUGCCAACAGCGUUCUUUCCCAAGCGCUGAGGUCGGGCAGGUUCAGGGUAGAAAAUCGGGGAGGAAACUCCCCUGGGAUCCUUCGUCCCACACAUCGCCCUGGUUCCCAUGUUUAUUAAAAGACCUUUGAAACACAACUGGGAAUCCUCCCUGUGCAUGUGGAUGGCCUUGACCUCCUCACGUGCUUCCAAAAAGGGUAGGAGCACCUGACACCUACACUCAGGUAGAAAUCAACCCUGAGCCAGGAGACAAAAGACUGGAUUCUCUACCAGCAGGGAAACUCUCUAGUAAUCUUGGCCUAGAAAAGAACAAGCCUGUGAGGGCACAACAGAGCCAUGACUGGCUGCCUGGGGCCCUGGGGGAGGGGCUGUUGCUUUCUGCUGUGUGACCUCAGGGGAGCCCCUCAGCGGCCUGAGCCUGGGUGUUCUUGGCAUGGCAGUGGUGAUGGUGCCUGUCUCAGAGCAUCUUGGCGAAGCUGCAAUGGGAAGGUUGGGGACAUGCAGCUGGCACUGCAGGAAUGCUGGUUCCCAGUGUCACAGUGGUUAAGUGCUCAGCUGCUGACAGAAAGGUUGAGGGUUAGAACCCAAUGGCCACUCCAUGGGAGAAAGAUAUGGCAUCCUGCUUCCUUAAAGAUUCAUAGCUUUGGCAACCCUGUGGGGCAGUUCUGCCCUGUCCCAUAUGGUCACUAUGAGUUGAAAUCGACUCAAGGGCAAUGGGUUUGGUUUUGGGUUUGGUCCAUCUCUGAGAGUCCCAGCAGUCUAGGGGCAGUCAGGAAGGACAGGGGUGGUUACAGCUUGUCAUUGUCACAAAGUUACUAGUUUGUCAAAAGAAAUCUAGUUGUCCUUCCUUCCCCCAGGGAGUAAGACAGGAUGGACUGUGCCGCAUUCAUACCUCCCUUGGGAACGCUGGAACUCCGUGUGCCCCCAAUUAUCUCGGGACAGUGUUGACUUCUUGUCAUAUUGUUGUUUGUUAGCAAAGGUGAUUUGUUCCAUAGGUGGCAAAUCAAAGACUGGUCACAUGAACUAAGCAGAAAAAAAAAAUCCCACUUAAACCCUUGAUCCCAGUAUGUGACUUGUGCCCAUAUUGCUGACUUAGUCCUUCUUUGUGCCCCUGUCAAUCCCCAAGGCCCCCCAAAGCCUGGCUCUGUGUAUUAGUGAGUUGCUUGGCUUUCAAAGCUGGAAGAAACCUUAGCGUCAUAUGGUGCACCAGCACGUUCUGUAGACUUGACCGUGAAGUACAGAGAGGUCAGCAGGCUUGCUCGAGUUCAUACUGGACGUUCAAGGCAGGGCAUAGGCCUCAGCAUAGGUUUUCUAAUCCCAGGCUUUUUUUUUUAUAGCCAGGUGGUGGAGUCUAGGGGUUUAGAGCAUGGAUGCUUCCUUGGCUUGGAAUCCUGGUCUUGGCACUUACUAGCUGUGUAAUACUGGCUACAUCACUUCACCUCAUUACCAUCAUUUCCUGCUCUGUGAAAUGAGGAUAAUAACAGUAUUUGCUUCAUGGGGUUGUUGUGGGGAUUAAAUGAGUGAAUACAUAUAAAAGCACUCAGGACAGUGCUUGUGUCUAGAACACACUGUAGACGUGUUACUCAUCACUGCAUCACGUCCUUCACUUCAUCAUAUUUCUAAAGUACAAUGCUCUCAAAGACUGUGCCGUCUUCAGCAGAGCAUCAUGGUGAGGGCCUGGGCUUUGAAGUUGGGCAGGUGGUGGGUUUGAUUCUCAGCCACAUACUAGCUAUGCAACCUUGAGGUCAAUACCCUUAUCUGUAACGUGGGAUGAGUGACAUCAGUCUGGCCAAGGUGUUGUGGGGGUUAAACGCAUAUAAGUCCUUUUGCUUGGUUCCAGGGUCGUAGACUGGGCUCCAAAAUGGGCUGCGAUCUCAUUCAUGAUGGAGGGAAGCAGGCAGACGCGAGUGUCUCGGCCGUACAAGAUCAGUGAAUCUUCAAAGGUAUAUCACUGGGCCGACCACUCAACCACAGUACUGCAACGUCUUAAUGAGCAGCGUCUCCGCGGCCUCUUCUGUGACAUCAUCCUGGUGGCAGAUGAGCAGCGCGUGCCGGCCCACCGCAACCUGCUGGCUGUAUGCAGCGACUACUUCAACUCCAUGUUCACCAUUGGCAUGAGGGAGGCCUUCCAAAAGGAGGUGGAGCUGAUCGGCGCCUCCUACAUCGGGCUCAAGGCCGUGGUGGACUUCCUCUACAGCGGCGAGCUGGCGCUGGAUGGUGGUAACAUCGACUACAUCCUGGAGACAGCCCACCUUCUGCAGAUCUGGACAGUGGUGGACUUCUGCUGCGAGUACCUGGAGCAAGAGGUGAGCGAGGACAACUACCUCUACCUCCAGGAGCUGGCCUCCAUCUACAGCCUCAAGCGGCUCGAUGCCUUCAUCGAUGGCUUCAUCCUGAGCCACUUUGGUACUCUAUCCUUCACACCUGAUUUCCUGCAGAAUGUGUCCAUGCAGAAGCUGUGUGUCUACCUGAGCAGCAGCCAGGUGCAGCGGGAGUGUGAGCAUGACCUGCUGCAGGCCGCCCUGCAGUGGCUCACGCAGCAGCCGGAGCGCGAGGCCCACGCCUACCAGGUGCUGGAGAACAUCCACUUCCCGCUCAUCCCCAAGAAUGACCUACUACACCGCGUCAAGCCAGCUGUGUGCUCCCUGCUGCCCAAGGAGGCCAACUGUGAGGGCUUCAUCGAGGAGGCAGUGCGCUACCACAACAGCCUGGCUGCCCAGCCCGUCAUGCAGACCAAGCGCACGGCGCUGCGCACCAAUGAGGAGCGCCUGCUCUUCGUGGGCGGCGAGGUCUCCGAACGGUGUCUGGAGCUCAGCGACGACACCUGCUACCUGGAUGCCCAGAGUGAGCAGUGGGUCAAGGAGACGCCGCUGCCGGCCCGGCGGAGCCACCACUGUGUUGCCGUGCUGGGGGGGUUCAUCUUCAUCGCUGGUGGCAGCUUCUCACGGGACAACGGAGGGGAUGCAGCGUCCAAUCUUCUUUAUAGGUAUGACCCCCGCUGUAAACAGUGGAUCAAGGUGGCCUCCAUGAACCAGCGCCGGGUGGAUUUCUACCUUGCCUCCAUCGAAGACAUGCUGGUGGCUGUUGGUGGCCGGAAUGAAAACGGAGCUCUCUCUUCAGUAGAGACUUACAGUCCCAGGACUGACUCCUGGUCCUAUGUGGCUGGCUUGCCAAGGUUCACAUAUGGCCACGCGGGCACCAUCUACAAAGACUUCGUGUACAUCUCGGGGGGGCAUGACUACCAGAUUGGCCCCUACCGCAAGAACCUGCUGUGCUAUGACCACCGGACGGAUGUGUGGGAGGAGCGGCGGCCCAUGACCACGGCACGCGGCUGGCACAGCAUGUGCAGCCUAGGCGACAGCAUCUACUCCAUCGGAGGCAGUGACGACAACAUCGAGUCCAUGGAGCGCUUCGAUGUGCUGGGCGUCGAGGCCUACAGCCCCCAAUGCAACCAGUGGACCCGCGUGGCGCCCCUGCUGCAUGCCAACAGCGAGUCGGGUGUGGCCGUGUGGCAAGGCUGCAUCUACAUCCUGGGCGGCUACAGCUGGGAGAGCACCGCCUUCUCCAAGACGGUGCAGGUGUAUGACCGUGAGAAGAAUAAGUGGAGCAAGGGCCCCGACCUGCCCAAGGCCAUUGCUGGCGUAUCUGCCUGUGUCUGUGCCCUGAAGCCACGGCUGGAGGACAAGAAGAAGAAGGGCAAGAGCAAGAGGCACCAAGACCAGGGCCAAUGAGCCCUGCCAGGACCUUGCGCCCACCUCUGACUCCUACAGCAUCUCUGCCGACCAGCAACAGCUCCUUAGAGUCCUAGAAAUAUUAUGUUUUUUUACUUUUUUGAUUCUUGGUCUUUCUAUGAUCUCACAGCAACCAAUUAAAUAUUAUAUAGAACUUUGCAUAUUAUCUUGCUGAAUAAUUACACCUGGGCCCAGGCAGUAGCUAUGCCCUUCCCUCUGUGCAGGGUUCCUCUCAGAUUACCAGUCCUCUAAGGCCCCCUAACUGUUCCCCCCAGGGGGAGUCAGGGCAGGGGUUACACAGAGAUUUUCACAGUAAAACUCAGGCCCUCAGAGGGACAUUUCAGACCAUCUAGUUAAAGCCUCUGCAAACCUGGCUGAGCCUUUUUAAAAAUACAGAUUCCUGGGCUCCCACUCAGAAUUGCCAGUUCCCAAGCUGCCAGGAGUAGGAGGUGGAAACUGUAUUUUAACCAGUUCCUGGAGUGAUGAGCAUCGUCCCCACGUGGGAGUCACUGUCAAGGUCAAGUAUGUUUGUUUUAUAAAUGAGGGCACAGAGACCCUCAGGGGUUGCAUGAGUGACCGAGGGUCACGCAGCUUGCUGGACAGUCAGGGGAGGACUGGGGACUUCUUGCUGGGGAGGUGCGCGCACUGGGAUUUCUCUGUCAGGUGACUUGUUUCCGAAUAAUCCCAGUCCCUGGCCAGUCGUCUUCUUGAGUUCUCAAAGGCUUAGGGAAUCCAGGACGAAAGGGGAAAGGCAUGAAGCUCUUUAUAAGCAUUACUCUGUAAUUUGUGCUUUUUUGUUGUUUUUUUCCUGAACUUACUGUUUCUUGUAUCACUGGCGUGCUGAGCUCCCAAAAUCUACAUCUGUUUCUCAGGAAAGAAAAAGUGAGCUUCGUAGAAUCUGUCAUUGUUGUCUGUGCCUCCAGCGCUGAGGAGCCGUGGAAAGCUCCCACACAGAUGAACAAGCACUGGUCCCCAAGAAGACUGUGGUGUCUCCCCACCAACUCAAGUGACAGAUCCUCGUCCCAGUCGUCUGCUACUAAGUUUCUGUUUUGCUGGGCAAAUACAUUUAACAGGUCUUGGUCUGUUUCUUCAUUUAGCAGGUGACAGGGUUGGAUGACCAUCAUUUCCAAGCUCCUUCCAGGUGUUAAGCUCUUUGAUAUAAACUAUUAGUGUAUGUAUAGUGCCGCCUUUAGGAUAUAGGGCUGCCCUGCACUAGUUCCUGCAGACACUUUCUGGAACAGGUAUCAAUAAUGUAUGCCCUUUAAGGAGAGCUUUUAAAUGACAGCCGAAGUCGGAUGUAUAAUGUAAGCAAAAUGCCAGGGAGGAUGGAGUGGGACUGGUUUUAAUCAUGGACCAGGGAGGGCAUUAAUAAUCUCUACUUUGGCAAACGUGGGAAAAUGUUAAGAUUUGGUAAGAGUGAUAUUAGAAUAAGAAUAAUCUCAGUUAAGUUACUUCCAUUUUUUCAAAAUUCUUUGCCACAUUUUCUUUCCUUUCCCUUCAGGGUUUACUGUGAUUUACACUGGUCUGUUUCUAGUAACCAGGAGAGCCGAGAGGACUUGGGGAUUGAAAGCUUCGAUACCCACUGUUACAGCCCUCUGUUGCUAGUUGGUUGAGUAGUCUGCCUAUGUAGCUAGUUACUUGCAUAUGGAAAUCCCUGGAGGUUUACAAACUGAUGAGGUUCUGCAAAACACACCGACUAUGAACUCCUCUUGGAGCUCCACAACACCUAAGUGUAUUAAUGGCUCAGAAGUCCUGCAUGAACUGUUCACCUCCCAUGAACCCAGCAUUUCCAAAGUUUUUAAAGCAUGAAAUCCUUUUUUUUUUUUUUUUUGCCUCAUACCUAGUCCCAGACCUCCAGGAAACACGUUUUGCAGAACUUCUACCAACUGUGGGAUAGCUUGCACCCACCCCAUCUUAGGAAAAGUUUUCUUACUUGAAGACCCUUCAGCAGACUGUGGCCUAUGUGGUAUGGACUCCCAAACGGGCCGCUGCCACCCACAGUCUAGGGGCAGGUUGGGAAGAGCACAGAGCAAGACGCCAUGGGUGGUGUCAGGGGCAGGAUGGGCCUGUGUUGUUAGUGUUAGCAAGCUUUUUUUUUUUUUAACCCACCGGGACUUGUCCCAGGAUAAGAGUGCCAUGCCCACCUCUGUUCUGAUUAUCCUAUGCCUCUGGGUUACGUACUGUGUUCUCUAUCUUUUUUUGUGAUGUCUCUCCUGACACUUUUAAGGCUGUUUGUAAUUUACAUGGGCAUAGAAUCUGAUAUUACUGAGGUUGAGAGCUUUCCUGUAAAGGCAAGGAUGGUAAAUUCCAUCUUAUGGACCAACUUCAAAUAAUUGUGAUGGCUGCAGUGUGCCGAGAAAGGCUUUUGGACCUGGUAGGGUCAGUAGAAAGGUGUGAAGGAGCAUCAUGACUAAAGUACUGUCCACCUGAGCACAGGAGGGCGGGGUGGUGAUUAUCUAUGCCAGGUGUUUGUUACUCGGGUUUUAAAAGAUGGAAAUUCGAUCUCCUGUGUAGUCUAAUGAAUGAUAAAGUGGUUUUUAACUUGAAGGGGCAGAGUUUGGGGAUGUAGUUUAUGCAGGUGGCCAUUUAAACUGCAAAAUCAUGAUAGUGUAGUUUCAAGCCAUAGAGAUGGAGACUUGGGUUUGUGUGGGCUGCCUUUUUGAGAUGAAAACAGCAAAACGUUGCUGUUUUCAUAUGUUGUUAAACAGUCAGUGCUCCAAGCUGGUCAGCGUGCACUUCGAGAACACUUGGAUCACUUCUGAUCUUUCACAAUAAGCAUGAUGGGCUUUUAUUUCAGAUUUUUAUUUUCUUCGUUUUUAAAGGAGUGGAGUUUUAACUUCAUUUUAGUUAUAGGUUUGGGGUUUACCCUAGCCAAGUUUGGAACUUGGUUUGCUUGAGACAUAAAUGUAUAUAAUAGACGGAAAGGAAGGGAAGCGGAGUAGAAAAGCUGAAGAACCUUUUUACUUAUAGUAGUCUUUUUGUUGUUUAAAAUACAUGGAUGUUGUCUGAUCAAUUUAUUUGUACUUUAUCGUUAAGUCAGUAUUUUUAACCUUCUGUGAUUUUAGUAAGACUCCCGGGGGGACCUAGUGAAACUGGUUCUGACUAGGAACCACAUGUGUGUCUUUAUGCUCUGAAUGCCCCCCCCCCCCCGCCCCAAAUGAUAAGGUGACCUGAGGGUGACUUAGCAGAGAUCCCAGAAGCCAACCCUAAGGAGUGCUCAGUUUUGGGUGGGAGCCCAAAUGCCAAAGGGGCACACUUGGGGACUUCAGGUGAAUGAACCUCGUGAUUCAAAGCACCCCAGCCCCGAAGCCCAGAGUGACCUUUUGGUGGUUCGCAGCAAUGUGGGAAGUGGAAAGCCCUCCACACCCACCCCCACACACACCCUGGUCCUCCAUGGCAUGAGGCUUGGCUGGCACCAGCCCAAGCGGCAUCUCAGGGGUCUUGUGGCUCUCUGAGCUUUGGCUAGAAUCUCAGACCACUGUCCCAAAACUGGACAGGCAGCUACAGUGGUGGUCUGGACAUCCUGGGUCUCCCCAGAGGGAUGAGCAGGACAAACCCCUGUGGCAUGGCAUCGGGCAGCUCUGCAGGCACUUGGAGAUCCUGACCCAAGCAUCUGCCAAGCCUGGCAGUUUUUAGAGUUUUUUGAAAUGUUUUGAUACUUUUUGAUAAAAUUUGCUAAUAACUGUUUCGUAGAUUGCCUGCUGGGGUUUUCCACCUCACCCCCUCCCUAUUCCAUUGGGUUUGUCCUUGGCAACAAACGUCCUGUGGUCAGCGGCAGGAUCUUGCCCCAUGUGGCUCUGUCUUGGACCUUGCCCUUCUCCAUGACAAUGAUCUGCUACAACUUCUGAAUUUUGUAAGGUCACAUGUGGCCCAUGAGAAAGACUGUCUUAGGCCCCCAACAGACCAAGAGGGCACUUUGACUUCCUUACAACGUUCUGCAUUUCCUACUAAGCUCCUACCUCAGUGGUGUGCGCAGAGUUGAAGAGACAUCUGAGGACUGAUCCAUAUAUCACUUUUCUCAUACGGGUCCUUUCUCACCCCGGAGUGUGGCUGGGGUCCUAGUCUAUUCCCCUCCACCUCUCCUUUUAAAGAAAUCUUAACAUGAAAUAUAAGAACUAUCCUUGCACUUUGUAGAAUCAUUGUCCUCGGCUUUGGAAAUUGUUCAUUUCUUUGGUUUUUACCCAGAUAGAACUUGUGGCAUCUGAGGGUGUUUUGGGGUCUCAAGAAAUUGUCCUUUGGUUGCCUUUGUUAAAAAAAGUCAAAUGAAUGUAAAACUUUUGGUGGUGGAGGGGUAGCGGGGAUAAACUCUUCCAUGCUGAUUUUCUUUUAGAAAAACAACUCCACCUUUUCAAAGUUACUUGAAGCCAUCUUAACAGGUUUGUUUGCAGUGGAAGGAAGUCAUGUCCAUUGGAUUGACUGAAGUUAUUCAUCAGGCCCAACCACCUUUCAAAAUUAGUAAAAUAUCUGAAAAGUAAUUCUUUGGGGUUGUUCUGGUUACUAAUGUUACUGAAAUCUGUAACUUUUUUUGUUAAUUUGUUGCUUUUGUAUUUGUACUUUUAUGACAUGCAAAGUUUUUUCUGUCUUACCUCUUUUUGAUUAAUUUUCUGCACGUGGCUUUUUUCUUUCUUUGUUUUUAAUUCCAUAGAGCAUAUUCAAUUCCUAAGACACAUUAAAAUAAUUUGCCUGCUAAAAGAAAAGCUAGGUUACGGUUUAUUUUAUAAUUAACAUUCUGAGUCUUGUGUAAUUAUUGUAAUGAUCUUUAUUCGUAUUUUCUCUGGCUAUAUGAAAAAGAAACCCUUUGCAUGUUGAGCCCAAAUAUAAUUUGGAAAUUAACCAGACUGCAUUUUAGUGUUGUGGGAGGCUGGGACAUUCUGGUUCUGCUUUCAUUGUGCUUCUAAUUACUGUAUUUUGCCAGGAAUUUCAUUCAGAUCCUGGAUUGCAGUACCCAUGACCCAAAAUGAAACUAUCUGCUUAAACUUGUAUCAAUUGAAGGAAAUGUGAUUAGAAAAAAAAAAGUAGAAAUCAAGGGAAACAUAGCUUAUGACUAGCAAUGCGAUAACAUUUCUGUAGGAACAGAAUCAGCUUUAGUUCCCUUAGGGCCUAACAGGAGGAUCGCUCCCCUGCCUUGCUGGGGUUUUGCAAGCCAGCCAGCAGACUCCCUGCAGUCCCAAGAGUGCACCUUUUCCCAAGUAUCUUAAGCAGUUCAGCAUCGGAAGGGGGGAGGGAGGCACCUGCCCAGUCCAUCAUCCCUGGAGACUUGAUUAGAAUUUACCUCUGAGCAAGAGAGCUGCCCCAAACCAAAUACAGGCUGUGGUGCUAAAUUCUUCACCUGGACUCUUUGCGUUAAGUAAACCUCAGAAGAAUCUUAGAAUCACAGAUGACCAUUCAAAACUUGGGUUCGUUCAUUGCUUUACCCAAGGUCACCUGUCUGUCAGUGCUUGUUUUGGGGUGGUCUCUCUUAGACAAGGACUUGGGCAAAGCGUUUAUGUGGGAAGUGAUCCCAGGAGGCUGGGAUGACACAAGGAGGAAAGGCAAGCUAGGAAGAUGCAUUGGUUGUCUGUUGCUGAGUAACAAACCACCCCCAAAACAGUGGCUUAAAACAGUAAUCGCUUACUUUGCUCACAAAGCUGAGGGCUGAGUGGGUAUAGACCCUGGGUCUCUCCCGCGGUCACAGUCGGGUGGUGGCUGGGGCUGGAACCAUCCGAAGGCUCCCUGCAAGCCUGAGCCUCAGGGAGAAGGCUCAGAGGGCUGAGGCCUCUCUCCUUUCUCAGCCUGUCUCUUCCCUCUCUUCUUUCUUUUCCUUCUCCAUCUCCUCCUCCCUCUUGCUCUAGUCUCCACAUGGUGCCUUACCUAGACUUCUUACAUGGCAGCCACAGGUUCCCAGAAUGGAUAUCCAGAUAUGUUGUUAUUAGGUGUCAUCCGGUUGGUUCUGACUCAUAGCGACCCUAUGUACAACAGAAGGAAACACUGCUCAGUCCUGUGCCAUCCUUACAUUAUUGCUAUGCUUGAGCCCAUUGUUGCAGUCACUGUGUCAGUCCAUCUGGUUGAGGGUCUUCCUCUUAUUCGCUGACCCUCUAGCAAACAUGGUAUCUUUCUCCAGGGCCUGAUCCCUCCUAAUAACACGUCCAAAGCAUGUGAGAUGAAGUCUCACCAUCCUUGCUACUAAUAAGCGUUCUGGUUGUACUUCGUCCAAGACAGAUUUUGUUCCUUCCUUUGGGACUCCAAAAUGAGCAGGAUAGCCACAGGGCCCUUUCCAGUCCAGCCCACCAGGGUCCAUUUGCUGCGUC